AACCAAUCUGCAAUAACCACUUAUACUAGCUUUAUUUAACGACCCAACACAACCUUUCUAGCUAAAACAAGCUUGCACAAUGAGCAAUCUUUCAAUUUUCUUUGUCUUCUGUUUCUUCGCUACUUUGUCUUAUGCCAUAGAGCUCGACUUCUGUGUUGGGGAUCCCAGUCUUCCUAGAGGACCUCAAGGAUAUGCUUGCAAAGAUCCUACUAAAGUCACAAUUGAUGAUUUUGUUUAUACAGGUUUUCGUGGUGAGAAAACUCCCAAUAAUGUUUUCGGGAAUAAUGUGACAUUGGCAUUUUCAGAUGUGUUCCCAGCAUUUAAUGGUUUAGGCAUAUCUAUGGCCAGGUUAGACUUUGCCGUUGGAGGAGUAAUCCCAGUACACUCCCAUCGUACAUCUGAAGUUCUUAUUUUGGUUAAAGGUUCAAUCAUUGCAGGUUUUAUUGAUACCAACAACACCGCAUACUAUAAAAGAUUAGAGGUUGGUGAUGUCAUGGUAUUUCCACAAGCCAUGCUUCACUUCCAAAUCAACGUUGGCAAAACUCCGGCUACUGCGUAUGUUAGUUUGAAUGGAGCAAAUCCUGCACUGCAACUUACUCCUACUGCCUUAUUUGCUGGGAACUUACCUGCUGACAUUGCCCAGAAAAUUACACUUGUGAGUAGAAGUGAAGUUAUGCGGAUGAAGCGUAUAUUCGGCACAGCUUAACAAAAUUUCGUUCCCGAAUCAUUCCAAAUUCAAAUGUAAUAAAUUAAGAUUUUUUUUUUUUUUUUGAUAAAAAUGUAUGUUCAAUCUAUGUCCUUUGUAUUCCUUCAUCUUUUUGUAUUAAUAAAUACCCUUACAUAUACUUAGAAAUUAAUCUUUUUGUUUAGAUAAAAAUCUCUUUGUCUAUAUACAAAAGAUUUAUAUUUAGACGUGAUUUGCAAAUUGCAUUAAUGAAUGUGAGACCCAAGUCCAGGUGCAUUAUGUAAAUGUGCUGUGUACUGCCAUUUGUCAUUUGUCAUUUGUCAUUUGUAACUUGCUAUACACCAAUAGCAUACAAAUAUACUUCGUUUAUAGCUUGUUGCUUUGU